AUGCCUUACAAUCCCCUUUCUGGAAAGUACCUCGACGUCAUGGAGACGCAGGUUGACAGAUGGAUCAAGGACAACCGCUGGACAGAUCCGCAAAAAGCAGAGAAGUUUCACAAGCACAUCGCCAACAAAGCCACCUGCCAAUGGGUCGGAGAUUGGAACACCAGGCCGAAAGAGGAGGCUGCUAGAAUUGCAAAUCACGCCCACGCAAACAACGCUCUUUAUCAGAUAGUGCUCUACAACUUUCCGAACCGAGACACUGGCGGCUUUUCAGCCGGUGGUGCUGGAUCGAGACAAGCUUAUAUUGCAUGGGUGAGUGCUAUUGCGGCAGGUUUGGGUUCGCGGUCCGGUAUCAUUAUUGUUGAGCCGGAUGCAAUAGCGCAUGCGCCAGAACUUGACGAGAACAGCAAGAACCAAAGGCUUAGCCUUCUCCGAGAGACAGUCGUUCUCCUCAGGAAAAGGUGUAAGCACGCCUACAUCUACCUCGAUGCGGGACACUCCGACUGGCUGGACGCUGGUACGGCACUUGGACUUUUGUUGACGGCUGGCGUCCGCUUUGCAAAUGGUAUUUCGUUAAAUGUGUCCAACUCCCAGUGGACGAAAGAAUGCUACAACUAUGGCAAGCGGAUCGUAGAAGGGAUCUCUGAGGAGCACGGAAUCGUCAUCGACACCUCAAGAAACGGAGCUGGUCCACCACCACCAGAGCAGACGGGCUUUAACGCAUUCGCAAAUCCGCCUUCAAAUAGACUGGGCAUGGCGCCGACCUUGAGGGUGCCGCCGCCGAAUAUAUUCUCCAACCGCUUGCAUGCCCUUCUAUGGGUUAAAGUGCCCGGAGAGAGUGACGGUGACUACAAUGGAGCCCCGCGAGCUGGGAUGUUCUGGCCUGAAGGAGCUAUGCGUCUCGUUGCGGGUUUGAGUUAG